AUGUCAGAUAACACAAUUCUGUCCUUCAACGCCCUACAAGUCGCCAAUGAGCAGCGAAAUGCCUAUGGAUUGCGGUACAAUGACUUGGCACGAUAUCGUAAACAUUGCGCCAAUCGCACUCAUCGUCUAAGGUCGUCUCUCAAGGCCACGCACGGAAAAGGGAGGGAUUUCAAGAAGCUACCACCCCUUAAUCUGGACAUUGUCAAAGAGGGACACCUCCAUUUGCUCUUAUUUGAAGCCGAGAGAGCAUGGGCGUACUCGCAGGAACUAAUCGCCCAUUCACUAAUGCCUGCUAAUGAGGCAAGGGCCAGCAGUCUGCGACACAGUGCUACUGGAAGAUUCCGCCGCUCUGUUAGUUGGUCAAACCAGUUGCUCUCCCUUUGCCAAUCUCUCCACGCCACUUCACGCAUGUCUGCGGCUAAUCUCGUUCAAGUGAUCGCCUACACUGUGAUAUUGAAUGGACGUUUCCUUCGCUACCGCGAUGACUUUGAAGACGCUCUUGCUCAGCUUAGUGUCGCAAGAAACCUCCUGGACGAGCUAGCAGCAACGGCAGUCACAAGUCGUGAUCAAGCUUUAUCGAUUUUGUUUUCAGACGAGAUUGGGCCAGAGAUUCGAUACUGUGCGCAUGAGCUUGGUCGCGCCAAGGCGUACGACGUGGACGGCAUUGUAGCGGAUUUGGCCCCAAAGUAUAGGAACAACAUCGUGGAGAACUGUGUCACUCUUAUUGCAAAUCUGCACUCAGAAGGCCAAGCAGCAACGCAAAGCGAGAUCAGAAAGAAACUCAAACAGUUGACUUGGGAGAACGAAUUGGUGCCAGUGCGGAAUCCAGAGUUGGUGGAUGUCCUUCUAAAGGUGCAGGAGGCCGAGGCAAGGCUUGAUGGCCGAGAGCAAGGCAGUACGUCCACAGGUCCUAGUAAGCAACCCGUCAAGUCCAAAAAAGGGGUUGCUGCUUAUGACACGAUCCUUCUGGCGCUGAGUGAUGCCGAGGAACUGGCAAGAAAACUUUCAGAGUCGCAUCAGCUUGAUAGUGCAAGCCAGGGUCCCUCAUCAAGUAGUGGCCGUGACAUUCAUUUUGUCCACGCAUAUAUCCUUUACCAACUCCUAAUGCGUCGUACUCAGCGCGAUCUUCUACUCAUCUCCGCCCUGUUGGCUUCCCAGUCUGGAAAAGGGAGCAGUAGCGCCAUCUCCGGUUCUGCCGGCUCGAAAACAGAACCAGUCGACAACCGACUCUUUCCUGCGGUGGUAAAACUUUUGGACACCGUUCUACAAAGUCUUGGCCAAAUGAGAACACUGACUGUAGUCGACGAUAGCCCUGACUUGGCUUCUGCAAUUGACGCACGCUUGUCAGUAACCAAGGCGCGAAGAUGUCUUUUCCUAGCUCGGUGUUAUACGCCACUUAAGCGGUAUGCAGAGGCUCUUGUCCUCCUCCAACAUGCGAACAUCCACGUUCGCGAAACGAGGUCGACUCUGUCACUGUCUGACAACGAUUCAUUGAAUGUGGCGAACCCACAGUUUUUCCCACUUCGUGACGCCGAUAUAGAUGCACUUGAAGCCACUCUUGUCGCCGACGGUUUGCAAUAUAAGCGAGAUUGGUUUGCCUACAAUGGCGGGGCUGUCAAUGCCGAUCCUCAACAAUACAAGAAACCACUAUUUUUCAACAUAGCUUUGAACUAUGUUAAACUGGAUAUGGACCACCUGCUCGAACGUGCUGGUAAACAACCAUCGCCAGUCCUAGGUCCUGUGACGGUUCAGCCAUCAGUGAUCAAGCAUGAGGUUGUCCCCGAGAAGAAGCAGGUUAGCAAGGCAAAAGUAGAGGAUGUCAGGGCUUCCACCCCCGAGCCAGAGGCACCUGCUCGCGGCGGUCUUUCUGGGUUGUUGGGAGGUUGGUGGGGACGUAGUUCAUGA